CAAUAUUUCAGCCGUCUCUUCCAAUAUUUACUCUCUCUCGAGCGUUUGUCUUCUCUCAAUUAAUCUCUUCUCUUAACGGAAGCAAAUCUCUGGAUCGAUUCCUUGAAGACCUCAUCGCAAACCCGCACCAGAAGGGCUCUCGGAUUCGUUCCCUGCUUUGUAGAUUCGUGAAUUAGACCGGAUCCCUUCUUGCUUUUGCCAGGGGUUCUUUUUGUUCGGGUCUAGAGUCUUGAAUCUUGUCGAUCGGCGGUCUAGGGUUUUGAGGGGCGAGUUGGGGUUCGGUGAAUUUUCUGUUCGGGGGUGAAGCAUGGCGGGCGGCAGGCGGGGUGGAUUGACCCCUCCGUUAGAUAUUGAGCAGAUACUUGUGGAAGCACAACAUCGAUGGUUACGCCCUGCUGAAAUUUGUGAAGUACUUCAAAACUAUAGGAAAUUCCGUAUUGCUCCAGAGCCACCAAGAAGACCUCAGAGCGGAUCUAUUUUUCUAUUUGAUCGCAAGGUGUUACGGUACUUCAGGAAGGAUGGCCAUAACUGGAGAAAGAAAAAAGAUGGGAAGACUGUGAAAGAAGCUCACGAGAGGCUAAAGGUUGGAAGUGUUGAUAUGCUUCAUUGCUAUUAUGCCCAUGGUGAAGAGAAUGAAAAUUUUCAAAGACGGAGUUAUUGGAUGCUGGAAGGGGGUCUCAUGAACAUUGUUCUUGUACAUUAUCGUGAAGUCAAGGACAAACCAAGUCUCAGCCGUGCUAGAGAUGUUGAAGAAGUUGUGCAAGUUAUCCAAAUGGAUAGUCCUGUCACUUCUUUUUCUGCAACAACUCAGAGUCAGCCACCUUCACAGCUCAUGGGUGCUGAUAGCCCCAGUAGUGCACACAUUUCAGAAUAUGAAGAUGCUGAAUCAGAUCAUGCAACUUGUGUUUCAGCAUAUAUAAAGAGAAAUUUGAUGCAGCAUAUAUUCAUCAAACAAGUUCCAGAUACCACUCUUUCAUUGAGAUGUGGCAGCAUGAUGAUUGAAUAAUGAUGGGUGUUAGCCUCUUGAGCCCCUGUGAUAAAGUUCCAUAAUAGUCAUGUAUUCUUGGAAUACAAGGUACAGAAGAUAAUUUGGGUGCUCAAGAUAAUACAACUAUUGUUGUAGAUGAAUUAGGCAUUGGAUUUAGUGGUCAAAAUACAGUUUGAUCUAACAUCUUGGGAUCAGGUUCUGGAACAUUGUACAGCGGGCUUCCGGACACCAUCUUUCCAGUCUUCAGUUGUCUUUGCACAGGCUGCCACUACGGACAAUCCUAGACUUGAAUCCUUCGUUCUUGAGGAUAUGAUGAUGACCUCAGUGCGGGAGCAAACAUAACUAGUUUCCAAGAAACAAUAGCUUGGCAGAUUUCUAUGGUUUCCUCAAUAUCAUGGGUUAGCCUCCGCGGUUAAUGCUUACAAAUAUUUUCAGGAUGGUAGCCUGAAACAAUAUGGAUCUGAGGGCACGGACAAACCGAAGGAAACAUGGGUCAACCUGUGGAUGCUUGGAUUGCACAUACACUCCUGGUUCAGAUUCAUCAACGGCAGGAGGUUUGCUUUCGCUGCUGCAGCAUCACCUUGGCAUAUCAGAAAGUGAUUAUUUGUAUUCGUAAACAUAGGGAGGGUUUUAGUCGCAGGAAGCCAAUAAGGCUUCCCUGUAGACCAAGCCAAGCCAAUAAUUGGCUUGUGAAAUUGGUAGGCCGAACCAACCCUUUUGUGCAUUGAAUCAUGAUUGAUGGUAAAAUGCUACUGUGAGCUGGUUCAAGUCUGGGGCUCUAACUUGUGAACUGAUCGAAUUGGUGUCAAGGCUUCUUUUUUUUUGCCUUUUUGUCAAAAGAUGUGCUUGUUUGCCAAAGCAUGCCCCUGCAAUCAUAUAUAUACUUACAAACUCCA